AUGGUGGGAAGAUUCUUUCCGCUUCCAAAUCCUACUGAUAUGAGCAGCUGUCGGAGUCGCAGUGACCACCUUAUCAUUCUUCUUUCUGGCCCUCCAUCCUCAGGAAAAACCUCGUUACUGUUCCAGUACGCAUUGAACUCGGCAUUGGAGUUCAACGGCGCCGUGGUGUUCAUCUGCAACCGUCACAAGUUAGAUACCAAACCCCCCUUUCUCUCUCAGGGCGUUGAUCCUUCUUCCGACAUUUUUCAACGUAUUCACAUCAAGUAUGUAGAUGAUGAUGAAGGAAUUAAGAGAUACUUUGCUGCAUUCCACAUUCAUCAUGUAAACCCUGUUUCAGUUAUAAUUGAUGAUUUUGCUGAUUUCUUUGACGAAAGAAAUUGCCAACAGAGGUACAAUAAUGCUAGAGGAAGGGACUUGGCAAUGGUUCGAACUUUAGCCCUGUGCCGAAAUGCCGUUGAUUCUGCCAAUUACUGAUGAUACUGGCAACAGAGAAUCAAGACCAUGUCAACUUCUUCUCUCUGAUACUCACCUAGGUGACUCCCCGAGGUUGCUUUACAUUUAUAAGAGAUGGGUCUCCUCUAUUUACGCAAUUAGA